CAGUGUAUAUCUAAAGCCCCCUCCCCCAAUCUCUUCCUCUCCUACUCAGAUCCCAUCUCUCGUUUAUUAAGAAAAGAAGAAGAGAAAUGGAAGGUCUGAUAAAGGGCUUGAUAGACGUGGCCCUCGGCAACAACGAUCACGAUGACGACGACAGACGCCACCAACACACCCACAACAACGACUCUCCCUCUCUAGAUGAACGCUCCAGAUCUACCUGGGCGCAGGUAGUAUCGGGGGAGGAGAAGCAGGAAGAAGAAGGUGGUGCGCACGAUUACAACCGUAACCCUUGGAACAGAGAGGAGGAAGAUGCGGGAAGAAAUAACCAGGAUUGGGAAACUGUCGGAAAUCAGCCUCCGAGGAAGCCCCAUGUGGAGGAAGACACCGGAAGAAAUAACCAGGGUUGGGAGACUGACAGAAAUAGGCCUUCGAGGAGGCCCCAUGUGGAGGAAGACGUCGGAAGAAAUAACCAGGGUUGGGAGACUGUUGGAAAUAGGCCUCCAAGGAGGCCCCAUGUGGAAGAAGGUGCUGGAAGAAAUGAUGAGGGUUGGGAGACUAUUGGAAGCAGGCCUGCAAGGCGGCCGCAUGUGGCGUCAAUGGGCCAUUGGCAUGGAUAUAAGCAGCCACCUAGCGAACAGGAAUACUCUACUGAGGUUGAUUAUGGUGCUAACAUAGAACCCUCAGAAGAGGAACUUGCCGAUCUUUCAAAAGCUUGCGAAAAGCUUUGGGAACUCGAUUCAAACCGUUUGGUGCCUGGAAAAGACUAUGAGAUCGAUUGCGGAGAAGGGAAAAAGGCUUACCAAAAGGAAGAUAUGGCACAGGGACGCCUAUUCUCAUGGCUGAGCGAAGACAUAUUCAAUCGGCCCACUUAUUCCCGUUUCUGUUCUCUCUUAGAUAAUUACAACCCAAAUGAAGGGUGUAAAGAAGUCGUUACUUCUGAAGAGAAGCAAGAGCAAGCUGCAUUCAUGGAGGAGAUCAGUAGGACCGCGCCGAUCAAAUAUCUUCACAAGUACCUUGUUGCCAAGGGGAUGGUGUCUAGACAGUAUGAAGAUUUUAAGAGAAUGAUGAUGGAUCUCUGGUUUGAUCUCUAUAGCAGAGGUGGUACGUCCAGUUGCUCUUCCGCAUUUGAACAUGUUUUUGUUGGAGAAAUCAAGCAGCGUGGGGAGCAUGAAGUUUCUGGCUUCCACAAUUGGAUUCAGUUUUACCUAGAAGAAACAAAAGGGAGGGUUGACUAUCAGGGUUAUAUUUUCCCCAGAAGGCGUGGGCAAACUCCAGACUCCGAAACUCAGUUGCUCACCAUUCAGUUUGAAUGGAAUGGCGUUCUCAAAUCCCUCUCCAGCACAUUGGUAGGAGUCAGCCCUGAGUUUGAAAUCGCGCUCUACACCCUCUGCUUCUACGUGGGUGAAGAAGACAACCACAUUCAGCUUGGUCCGUAUCCCGUCAACAUCAAAUGCUAUCGUAUGGGUAGAGACAAAAUCGGCUCCGCGUUUCCUAUCUCUGAGUGUUGAAUUCAAGGCAUGUGAAAGUAAGACAAACGAUUCACCUACAACCUAUGAACUUUACACCGUCCAUCUCAAAUGGAAAAUGAAAAAAGAUUGUGAAAAGAUGUAGAAAUCUUAGAGCUUCCUAGUCAAUGUAGUUGGGCUUGUAAUAUGAAACUUUCGACGUGAAAACAUGUAGUUUUCAUGACCUUAAUCACUGCAUUUAUCAAUCAUUGUGUAUGUUUAUUGCCUAGUUAUUUUGUCAAAAGCUUUAUUGUAGUAUUGUUUGAUUUCUACCUUUA